CAAGAAGAUAAGAUUGUAAAUAAAUCAACAACUUGUUGAGUCUUAUGAUUAGAUUAAUUUCUGCUUUGAUCAAUUCACUUUUCUUAGUGUCAAUGUGAUUUUCAAUUUCCUUGAAUUGUCCCAAGUUUCAUCUCUUCAUUCAUCUCAACAAUUAACUAGCAAUUCAAUUGAUCAAAUUGUUAUAAAAAUGGUGAAAUUAGGUUUUGUGAAAUAUGAUUCAACCAACAACGAAACAAUUGUCAGUGUUAAAACGAGUGAAUCGACACCGACUAAGGGUAAAUCUUCAUUUCCUUUCAUAGCCUCAGGUAAUUUGAUCCGUGAUUAUGUCAAGAGGAAGCUAUUCAAAGCCACCAAGGAAGAGAUGUCUUCCCUCCUCAAGAGCACCAGUAAUCUUAAUCUAGCGAGUGUGUUUUCAUCUAAAUCUUCAUCGGCUCAAAAAGAGGCGAAAUCCAAAAAGUGUAAAAAAGAUGAGCCUUCAACCUUGAGUGAAAAGGAACCGGAACAAUUUGAGUCGGAAAAUAAAUGGAAACCAAAUGCCGAUGGUCAAUAUUAUCAGCAAAUCGAUGAAGAGUCUAUUAGACAGACAGAAAGCACUUUGCCCAGUGAAGGUCCAGCGAUAAUAAAUAUCGAUUCAAGUACCGAGAUUGAUGAACCAGUGGUUGAGAUUAAGACAACAUCUUAUCGUAGAUUGUCACUAAUCCAAAUGUCCAAGAGAAAGAAAAAGAAAACCAGAUUCGCUCAAGAUUUAACCCAAAGUUUACCAGCAGCAACUUCGAGCUCAUCAUCAGUCCAACCACCGAUCUCGAUAGAUCCCAAAAGUCAACUCAAAAUAGUUACUUGGGCAAAGAAGAUGAGGAAAUGUAAAGUUAGCAAGAAAAAUCUAUCAGAUGUAAAGGUUGAAACUGGAAAACCCGAUGGUCCAAAUGAAGAAGAGACGAAAGUUCCCGUUAAAUGGACUAAAAAAGUUCGAAAAUUCGCCAUUCGGACCUGUCGAUAUCUCGGCUAUGGAGCUCAAAUGAUUUCCCCAAUGACACCUUAUAACGAUAUUCCAAUGCCGGUAACUUAUGAUGGCAUUUAUAACGUUUACCCUCCUUACUAUGGGUCAGAUCGUUAUUACAGUUACUCGAGUUGCGGAAGUGUCUACGGUUAUAAGAUGGGCCAUUAUGGUCUAACUUAUUAACUCAUUUUAAAAGGAAAAUUUCAUGUAAAUAUCAUCAAAAUUUCAUAUUCAUCUUAAUCGGAGGUUUACUUUAUCUCCAACAUUCAACUUUUACUGUAUCAUGUUGUUAUAAUUACGCAUCAAUGUGAUGCCUUCACUUUUACCACCGAGGGAAAACCUUGAGAUGAAUUUGUUCCCGAACAACAGUUUCAAGGAAAAAGUUCAAUUUAUCAUGUUUACAAUUAAUUGGAAUCAUCUUAAUGGCCAUGAUUUAGAUAUAAUAAUCAGACAAUUACUUUCUCUUUUCCAUUACAAAAUAAUAUAUAUAUAAAUUCACAUGAAUGAUCGUGUUUAUAUUCACAACUGACAAGGUCAUUUCUAUGUAAAUCAUUUGAUGACUUUUCUCACUCUAAUUAUCGUCACAAUUAAUUUCGUUUUGGUGUAAAUUUUAAUUCUACUUUUAAUCCAUUGGAACCAUUUAACUUUCCAUCAUGCAAAUGAAUCGACUUUACAUCGUUUCGAUUGAACAAUCAACAGAUUUAAAGAAUGAUUGAUUUCGAAUGUGAACAUUUCCAUGUCAUUCAUUUUCCACAGAGAAUUCAAAAUACUGAUCAACCUUUUCAUGGAAUAAUUUCUUGAAACUUGACUAAUGAUUUUCCAAUGACGAAAUUAAUCACCUUCACCAUUGGAAUCUAUUCAAUCUUUUCAUGAGAAUAUUUCAUUACUAAUCAUGAAGAAAAAGUGGAACACCAAAGGAACAAUUUCUCUGAAUGACCAUCGGUCAUAUUUGCUCAAGAAUCGAACUCAACAAGUACAAUAUGAGGUCGAAUUAACUAAUCAUCUUAAUCAUCAUUAUCGUUGUUUUUUCUUCAUCGAAUCCCCUUACCAUUUAUCUAAGUGUAAUUUCAAGUGACGUGAUCGAGAUUGAUGAGAUUAAAUGUCUUCAAGUGAUUGACAAUUUGA